UGUUGAAUCCUUCAAGUUGCAUGUUGAUUCAAUUGAAUCGUUAAUUUUGUUAAUUUAAUUUGUUGGUUUACCUUUUGUAUAAUUAGUUUAAUCUGUAUGAUGGGUGAUUCGGUAGAUUGUCCAGACAAUUUAGUGAGAGAAAAUAUUCUCAAAAUAUUACCUAAGCUUCACGCGAACAAUGCCAAGAUCCGUUUGAAUUCUGCUUCUCAAUUGCUUGAGAUUCUCUCCAAGAAUAAGGAUAAUGAAGAAUCUCUUGAGGAGAAUUUGUGUUUCAUCGUUGAGCGUCUCAUCAAAGGAACUACAAAAGCUAAAGAUUCUUUCAAAAUUGGUUCUACUCUUCUUCUAACUGAAAUUCUUCACUCUUUCAGUGAUUUUCGAAUCUCUAAAUUACUUGAGCUGAGUAAAAAAAUUAUUGGUGAUGUUAAUGAUGACCUUUCGAUUAGUGGGGUAACUAGUUGGACUUGCAUUUUCAUCUCAAUAGUACAGUCAAAAAAACUUGAUAUUUCAGACAAGGAGACGUUGAAAGAAUUUAUUAGAUUCAUGGUCCAAUUGGCAAUUAAAAAGCCUUUAUGCAAUAUAGCUAUUUGUAAUAUCUUUCAGAUGCUAUUUGAUCAUCAAUUUAAGCCAGAAGCCUUUUCUUCAAUUCUAAAAUCAUCCCUUAAACGUAACGAGCAUGGAGACGCAUCACCUUUUUAUCUUUAUCUCAUUUUGUUGAUUCGUAAACAUCCGGAAUUGUCUCGAGUCCUCAAUCAUAUACCAUCGAUUGAUUUAGAUGAUGCCGAUAAUUUAGUUGCAUUUGUCGAGGCCGCUGCCUUAAAUUAUCCUACACUCCACCCAGCAUGUAUUGAGCUUUUCCAUUAUUUAAAUGAAGACGACCGAAUGGAAAUAUAUUGGAAGCGAGUCUUCAAUAAUACGCUUUUUGGUCAUGAUCAAUCAUCUAAACACCAUCGAGUUGGACUGUCCCUUAUUAGUGCCAUUCUGCCUCAUCUAAAUGAAACGAAUGUUGAUUAUGUAUUUUCAAAAAAAAUGAUGGAUUUGUGGAUGCAAAGUCUCACAACUCAAGCCUGUCGCCUUCACAAUUUUGCUAUGCAAUUACAAAAAGACCUUAUUGACAACUAUGACAAUUAUGAUGCUUCACUCCAAGCAAAGAUCAUAUUACUUUUAACUGAAUCCCCUGGAACUGUGAGUUUUGAUGUAAUUACUGAUACCAAAACUGUUGCUCAACUUUACUCAAAGACUAAAUGUGAAGCUGUCGAGAAUUUGAUCAAUCGAGUUAUUGAAAAAGUUCGUGGUUACAAGGAUGUUUCAGUUAAAGAUAAAAUGAGAACUCUUCUCGUUAGUCAGCUUACAGAUCUCGUAAAAUCAGCUCAUAUCUCAGAUUCUCCAGAGAUCAAAUUAACUGUCUUAAAUUUCCUCCUCGCUCAUGGUUACUUUGAUGUUUCCAAUGAUGAAACUUUGAAUUUAGUCAAACCAGCUACUGGAUCUCUGAUUGCAAGAAUUCAAUCUCUUUUCUUUAAAUUGAUCAGUGCAACUUGUUCAAAUAAUCCUGAUGUUAUGGAAGGUGUUGGUUUAUAUGCUUUACGAUUAAUCAAAGGAGGUGUUCCAUUGAAAGAUGAUAAGACUGAACCAUUGUGGAAGAAGAUGAAAAAGAUGAAAAUCAAAUUCAAAAAAUUAAAAUCUAACGUAGAAAACGAAAAGCAAAUCAACAUAUUUAAACCUUUGCUCUAUGCUAAUGCAAUCAGCUCUUUCCAACAAUCUACCGAUAUAGAUGAUGCAAUAGCUAAUUUCGAUGAAUUGUUUGAGUGUUUCAAACGUUCGUUGGGAGAUAGUCAAGAAGAGAAUGAACCUAAGUGGCCUGAUGUUUUAUUAGAUUUAAUGAUCUCUCAAUUUCCAGCCCAAUCACAGUUCCUUUCUUCCAUUAUGAUUAAAACUUUCCGGUUAAUUGUUUCUGAUGUUACUCUCGAAGGACUUGAACAAUUGAAGAUCGCCUUACUUGCUGACAAACUUGAUGAUGAGGAAGAUGAAAAUGAAAAUGAUAGCGAAGAUGAAGACGAAGAUGAAGAUGCAGAAGAGAACGGACCAAAUGGCCAAGAUGCUGAUAAACCUGAAGGAGAAUCUGAUGAAGAGGAAUCAGAGGUUUCAGAAGACGAUGAAGAAGAUGUUGAUGAUGAAUUCAAAGCAAAAAUUACAUUAGCACUUGGGCCUGCCGCUGCUACAGGAGAUGAAACUGAAGCACCGAUUGAUGAUGAUGAAAUGUUCCAAUUAGAUGAAGCAUUAUCAGCGGCAUUCCGGAGUAAAUACUCAACCGACAGACAUACAAAAGCUAAUCUAAAGAUAUUGAGAUCCAAGUGUUUAGAUUUGGUAGAAAUUAUAUUUAAAUCGAAAGAACAAACACUCGAAACAGUUUUGUUCUUAAUUCCUGUUCUCAUCGAUGCUAUAAAACUUUAUAGUAAUUCCAAAGAGGUUGAACUGCGAGCUAGAGUUGCGAAAAUUUUAAUGAAUCUGCCACAUGUCAAAUUUUUCACUUCAUCUGAUGGUUUAAAUGAUAAAAUCGCUCAAGGAUUGUUCAAGAAAGGAAUUGAUUUGGCUUCCAAUACUAAUAUCCAAACAAGUGCUGCUAAAAUUUGUGUCUGGGUUAUAUCAAUGUGUAUUCAUAGCAAUGUUAAUACCGACUGGGCAUAUGAUCAUUUGCUUAAAUUAUUAGAAGAAUAUUUUUCUAAACCUAAUUCGUUGGUUUCCAAGGAUUUUUUCCUAAUUAUUUUCCAGAACCAAAAAACUUGCAAUCCUCAGAUUCUAGAAGUAUUGAGUAAAAAUGUUUUCGUAAGUCUAAGACCAUUCAAGAAACUCGGUGGACUCGCAAUGCUCACAACCUAUCUUAGGAUUUGUCCAGUUGAUAUGGUUAAAGAUAAAUCUAUCGAAGCUUGCUUACAAUCGAUCAAAAAAGAUGCUAUGGCUGGACUAAUGGCGGCGACCAGUGCAAACAGAGCUUCUUUCAUCAGCUUAUAUGUCGGUUUAAUUGGUGCUCUUAGUAAAUUCAUUCCGAUCGACCCACUCCCAGUUAAUGCAAAGAAAAAGGAAAAGGUUGGGAAAAAAUUAAGUUCCAAUGGGUUAAUUCUACUGAAAAAGAACCAAGAGGAGGAGGAAGAAUCAAAAGAAGAGAAAAUUGAAGUAGAUCCUCAAUCAGAUCGCGAAGAUCACGAAAAUAAAGAAGAAGGAGAAGAAGAACAAGAAGAAGAACAAGAAGAACAACAAGAAGAUGACCAAGAAAAAGAAGAAGACGUAGAAGUUGAAGAAGAAAAAGAACAAGAAGAAAGAAACAAAGAUGAAGGCGAAGACGAAGAAGAAGAACAACAACAAGGAGAAGAAGAGUGUGAAGAAGAAGAAGAAGUGGAAAAAAUCAAGUCGGACUCUCAAUCUGAGAAUGAUGAUCAUGAAAAAGAAGAAGAAUCAGGCGAAGAAAAAAUGAAAUUGGACUCACAAUCAGAAAAUGAAAACGAAAAAAAAGAAGAAGAACAAUUAGUCAAGAAAAUGAAAUUAGACUUACAUUUAGAGAACGGAGGUCAAGAAGAAGAGGAGCAACAAAUUGUAAAGAAAAUCAAGUUAGACUCUCAAUCCGAGAAUGAAAAUGAAGAAAAAGAGGAAGCGCCAGAAGAUGUGAAUAUGAAACAAGACUCACAAUCAGAGAGCGAGAAUCAAGAAAAAAGAGAAGAAGAACGGGUAGCUAAAAGAAUAAAAUUCGAAUCCGAGAGCGAAGAACAAGAGGAAGCUCCAACUCCACGUGUAACGCGCGCUCGCGCUAAAACUCCGAAAGUUGAGCAAAACAAGAAACCAGAGCCCGAAACUAAAGAGGAACAAUUAGAAGCUGAAGAUGAGCUGCCCGAUUUUUCAAUCCCUCGAGUUCAACUCAUAAAAACACCAUCAACCCGAUCAAGAGCUCGAUCAGUGACUCCAACCAAAGAACCAACUACACCUCUAAGAAGAUCACUUCGAACUCGAAAAUGAAUUAAGAUUUCCGAUUAACUAUCAAUCCACUACAAGACUAUCCAACUAAAGGCUUUAGUUAAUUGUGUAACUUAUAAUCAUGGAUAAAAUCGUAAUCAUCAUUUGCUUUUCUCAAAUAUCCUUAUGAAAACAAUCACUUGCAUGUUCCCUAUUUUUUGUGGGGAUAAAUUACUUUCCGACGUUGAUUGGUUAAAUUAUCAUCAUAACAUUCAUAGCAAUUAACCAAUUGCCUAUAUAAACCAAGCGCAAUCAAAAACGUAUCGUUCAACCAUGAAGAAAUCAUUAAAAUCAUGAAAAUUAAAAACAAAAUGAUAAUGUUACAUAAUAAGAAAUUGUUAUUUAAGUUUUACUUACCACCAUUUAUUGAUUGUUCAUUAAAAUUUAAUUUUGAAAAUUUGUUAA